GGGAAACGCAAAGCCCUCUGUUUGCUUCAGGUCCUCUCGUCUCGCUCCGCCGAUCUUUUGGGAAAAGAGAGCUACAGACAGACUCUUGUCUGAUUCUUCUCUCUUUUUCGGACACGGAACACUCGAAAAGGCUCGUCCUUUACUUUCCCCGACACAAACAACCCUAACCCUCGUUAGAGAGUACUAAUGGGAUACAUAGGAGCACAUGGUGUAGCAGCUCUUCAUAGGUACAAGUACAGUGGAGAGGAUCACUCUUAUCUUGCUAAAUACCUUCUCAACCCUUUUUGGACUCGUUUUGUCAAAAUAACGCUUAUGGGGUUCAUGUUUCUAGUCACAUCUUCCUUGCUAGGAUACAUAUAUUCACCUCAGUUGGAUUCUCCUCCUCCACGAUGGGUGCACUUCGCUCAUGGUUUGCUCCUAUUCUUGUAUCAGACAUUCGAUGCGGUUGAUGGGAAGCAAGCAAGAAGAACGAACUCCUCUAGCCCUCUAGGAGAGCUUUUUGAUCAUGGUUGUGAUGCACUUGCUUGUGCGUUUGAAGCCAUGGCAUUUGGAAGCACUGCAAUGUGUGGAAGAGAUACUUUCUGGUUUUGGGUUAUUUCAGCUAUUCCGUUCUAUGGAGCUACAUGGGAACACUAUUUCACCAACACCCUUAUUCUUCCGGUCAUCAAUGGACCUACAGAGGGACUUGCACUCAUAUACGUCAGCCACUUCUUCACAGCUCUUGUCGGUGCUGAAUGGUGGGCUCAGCAGUUAGGGGAAUCCAUACCAUUGUUUAGUUGGGUGCCAUUUGUGAAUGCGAUCCGAACUUCAAGAGCAGUCCUAUCCAUGAUGAUCGCUUUUGCUGUUAUACCAACCGUCGCAUUCAAUGUGUCAAAUGUCUAUAAAGUUGUUCAAUCAAGAAAAGGGAGCAUGGUGCUAGCAUUAGCUAUGCUGUAUCCUUUCGUGGUUCUUCUCGGAGGUGUAUUGAUAUGGGAUUACUUGUCUCCAAUCAAUCUCAUAGCAACAUACCCUCACUUGGUUGUACUUGGAACUGGACUUGCGUUUGGGUUUCUAGUGGGAAGGAUGAUUCUUGCUCACUUGUGUGAUGAGCCUAAAGGACUGAAAACAAACAUGUGCUUGUCUUUAGUCUAUCUUCCCUUUGCACUUGCAAACGCUUUAACCGCAAGAUUGAAUAAUGGGGUUCCUCUGGUCGAUGAGUUAUGGGUUCUUCUUGGCUACUGUAUAUUCACAGUGUCGUUAUACUUGCACUUUGCGACUUCGGUCAUCCAUGAGAUCACUGCGGCUCUUGGAAUCUACUGCUUCAGAAUCACGAAGAAGCCUGAAAAGAAACCCUAAGGGUAAUUUUGUUUUGUGUUGUGUGGACGUUUGAUCAAUACUGCGAAUGAUCGUUAUGGACCUCAUGUUAGAUGGGUGAUGUAUUUCUUAUUGUUCAUUCUUGUCUUUGUUUGAUCAGGUUAGGAAACUUUGUAUAAUGUCUUUACUUAUGCAUGGAAAAAUAUGAAAACUUAUUAAUAUUUUUCCUUGACUGCUAUUCUAUUAUAAAUACUAAGAUAUUUUAUAUG